CGCGAAAGGGUCGUUUAGUAGAGGUUAAAACUCCAUCGAAGUGAGAACGAACUCGACAGUGCGCCCGCGGACUCCAUUGAUAUUGCAACUUACCCCUUGCCCAGUGACCAGCAAAGCCGAUUCCAACAUGCCGACCUAUCACAAGCCGGAAGCCAAAACCAUCCAGGAGCUGAAGGAUAUCGCUCACAAGCUGCGUAUCGAUUCGAUCAACGCAACGCAAGCGUCAAAGUCUGGCCACCCGACAUCAUGUGCGUCGAUUGCGGAAAUCAUGUCGGUGCUGUUCUUCAACACGAUGCGGUACAAACUCUCUGCUCCACGCGAUCCCUCCUCCGACCGGUUCAUCCUGUCGAAGGGUCACGCGGCCCCCAUCCUGUACGCGGCCUGGGCCGAGGCUGGCCUGUUCCCGGUGGAGGAUCUCAUGAAUCUGCGCAAGAUCGACUCGGAUCUGGAGGGCCAUCCGACGCCGCGCCUCAACUUUAUCGAUGUGGGCACGGGCUCGCUCGGGCAGGGGGUGGCCGUCGCCUGCGGCAUGGCGUACGUCGGCAAGAACCUCGACAAGGCGGACUACCGCACGUACGUGCUGGUCGGGGACGGUGAGUCGGCCGAAGGUUCGAUCUGGGAGUCGCUGCACUUUGCCGGCUACUACAAGCUGAACAACCUGUGCGUUAUCUUCGACGUGAACCGGCUCGGCCAGUCGGAGGCGACCUCGCUGCAGCACCAGAUGGAGGUGUACCGCAAGCGGCUGGACGCGUUCGGCUUCAACGCGAUCGUCGUCGACGGGCACGACGUGGAGGAGCUGUGCAAGGCGUUCUUCGAGGCGGCGUCCACGACCGACCGGCCCACGGCCAUCAUCGCCAAGACGUACAAGGGCAAGCACUUCCCGAACAUUGAGGAUCUGGAGAACUGGCACGGCAAACCGCUGGGCGACGCGGCCGCCGACGUGGUGGCGCAUCUGCAGAAGCAAAUCCGCAACCCGGGACCGAUCGCGCUGGCACCACCGUCGCCGCAGAAGGAGAGCGCCCCAAAGGUCAGCAUCAAGGGGGUGGAGUUGGCCACCCCGCCGGCGUACCAGAAGGGGGAGCAGGUGGCGACGCGGCUUGCCUACGGUACCGCGCUGGCCAAGAUCGCGAUGAACAACGAUCGCGUCAUUGCGCUGGACGGUGACACGAAGAACUCGACCUACUCGGACAAGCUGCGCAAAGCGUUCCCGGAGCGCUUCAUCGAGUGCUUCAUUGCGGAGCAGAAUCUGGUCGGGGUGGCGAUUGGGGCGGCGUGCCGUGACCGGACCGUGGCGUUCGUGUCCACCUUUGCCACGUUCUUCACGCGUGCGUUCGACCAGAUCCGCAUGGGUGCGAUCUCGCAGACGAACGUUAACUUUGUCGGCUCGCACUGUGGCGUGAGCAUCGGCGAGGACGGCCCGAGCCAGAUGGGCCUGGAGGACAUUGCGAUGUUCCGGGCGAUCCCCGGCAGCACCGUGUUCUAUCCGGCGGAUGCCGUCAGCACGGAGCGUGCGGUCGAGAUGGCCGCCAACACGCCGGGCGUGUGCUUUAUCCGUACGUCGCGCCCGAACACUGCCGUCAUCUAUGAGAACAACGAGAAAUUCGAGAUUGGAAAGUGUAAGGUGGUGAAGCAAAACGCCAACGAUUCGGUACUGCUCAUCGGUGCCGGUAUCACGCUGUACGAAGCGCUGAAGGCUGCCGAGGAGCUGGAGAAGAGCGGCAUUCACUGUCGCGUGAUCGAUCCGUUCACGGUGAAACCCCUCGACCAGGAAGGUAUCAUCAAGCACGGUGCCCAGUGCGGUGGACGUGUCGUCGUCGUCGAGGAUCACUACAAACAAGGUGGCCUUGGUGAGGCGGUCCUGUCUGCGCUGGCCGAACAGCGCAACUUCGUCGUGAAGCAUCUCGGCGUGGACAAGCUGCCCCGCUCCGGACCGCCCACCGUGCUCGUCGAUAUGUUUGGCAUUUCGGCACGUUCCGUUGCGGCCGCCGUGCAGGAGAUCAUUAAGUUGUAAAGUGGCCGGCAGAGGGGGUGUUUGUUGAGCGCUCGCGCACACGUGGCGCGUUUGGAAUCUUUGCCCGAUCAUGUUGAUCGUGAUUUUCUUUUCUAAUUUUUGAUUUUUGUUUUGCCGUUUUUUUACCUUAAUCCGCUUCAUAAUGUUUUUGCCACUACUACUACUAUUACUACUACUGGACUGUGGGUGCUUUUUUUUGUAUCGGGAUUACGAAUUAAUGGACGUGUUUUUCUUUUUGUUCAGUAACAUGGUUACUGCUGUUAUUCCUCUCUGCAUUUCCAGUGUCAUACAUUGUAAAUUGUGCUGGCCCAAUCAUCAUCAUAUCCGGGAUAUAAACAAAAAAGACAAUGAGGGAGGGAAGGGAUGAACGUUGUCGUUGUCCUUCGAGAGCGCAGUUGCGUAAACUAUAUCGCGUACAAUAAAAUUGUGACAAACUUAA